CGUUCUCUCUCUGCAGUGAAUUUUAGGGUUUGGUGAGGGGGCUCUUGACGGUGAAAGAGAGGGUUUAAUCGUGAAAUGAUGUCUCCCUUAAACGAUGUCUCAGUUCCCUCUAAGUUCGAGUCUUGAAUCGACGUCGUUCUCUUCUUCUCUGCUCCUUCAGGGCCUAAAAAAACCCUAAAUUUUGGUUUCGGUUAGGACUUUGUUCACGAACGUCCUCCUCCUUCUCAAUCCUGUGAGACUCGGUUAGGACAAAAGUCGCGAUUUGCUGUAGGUGUGGCUGGGAUUUCGAAUUCGGUUCUGUGCAGAGAAGGAGUUAUUCUAAGGGAACUUGUGAAUGGCUUGUAAAGCAAAGCUUAUGAUUCCUGAGGAUGAGAAGUACGAAGGAAAGCCAUAUGCCCUUUCACACACAAGGACCGCCAUUACAACAAUAAAGGCGAAGUUCAAUACGCAGCAGUUACAGAGGUUCGAGGGAAGUUGUUUUGGUCAUCUAUUACUGAUAGAGGACCUGAAGUGGAAUUCACAAAUUAUCCACGGCCUGUUGAUGAGGAAGGCUGAUCCUAAGACAGUUACACAGGUGAACGGGAUAAAAUUCAUUGUGGGUAACAAGUUGAUACAAUUCACAGCCCAACAAUUUUGCCUCAUCACGGGGCUAAGGUUCGGAAAGCUCCCUUUCAUUCCGAAGGCGACAAAUGAAAAUUGCUCGUUGAAGCGAAAAUACUUCAGCACCAAUAAACCUGCCACCCUUUUGGACCUACACACCGCCUUCAUCGAGUGCACAGAUGAUGAGGAUGCGUUAAAGCUUGGAAUGGUCUAUUUUGCCAAUUUUGUUCUAUUGGGUACUGAAAAGCAUGUGCUUAUUGACAUGCGCUAUUUGAAGUUGGCUGAAGACCUAGAGGAGUUUGACAAGUAUCCAUGGGGCGCAGUGUCAUAUGCAAUGACAAAUGCUUCACUGUUGAGGGCCGUUUCUGCUGAAUACCAACGAGUCAAAGUGCCCCAAAAAAGAAAAAUGCCCAAACAACGUGGAAAGAGAACGCAGACAAGAAUGCGAAGUGGUAGACCAAGAGAGUACAUCAUAAGGGGGUUUGGCUUCGCUCUUCAGAUUUGGGCCUUUGAAGUGUUCCCAGCUUUGGAAGCAUUGCAUUUCACGGUCCAUGAAGACAAUAGGCACAUCCCUCGAAUAUUACAUUGGAGGAGCAACACGGUGGCCCGUUUUCGGGAGGUUAUGAGUCAGGUUUUUGAAAACUUUGAGGUUGAUGUGCAACUUCUCCGGCCAACAGAUAUUGAGAAGCAACAACCUUACUGGAGUUGGGGUGAUGAUGACAACGAAGAACCAAUGGUUGAAUUAUUUGGGGAUGAGGCCGAAAGAAAAAACCGGCACUUCUAGUGAAGAAAAAGACGCGGAUGUUGAGGAAACAGCCACCCUUCCCUCCUCUUCUAAGGCCAAAGGGUCUGUUAAUGACGUUCGCAGUUUGAAGCAUCAAUUACGCAGCACUAAGGAUGAGUUGGCUAAGCUACGUAGUUCAAAUCGGGGGCUUAGGAACAGAGUUCGUGACUUGGAAGCUAUUGUACAGAAGAACUGUUUGAAGCAUGAGAACGAGUGUGACAGAAAUAAAAAGGCUAUUCGGGAUUUGACCCUAAAAAUUGCUGAAGUCGAACAU